AUGUCGAAGAUAUCACCUUCUAAGACAAUCGUUUGCUUUCGGUUAAGACUUGAUCGAGCCGAACUUCCAACCCGACCGACGGCAGAUUGCGGCUGGAUGUUGCUGCGGAAAUCGGGUGCGGAAUUGCAUCGUUCACUCCGCCCUGAUGACGUCAUCCAGUCACCCCGGGUCAUCCCCAAUAUACGGAUGAACGAUUCAGCCACGAGCGGUAGUUCGUCCAAAGCGCACUCGAGGCUAGUCAGAAAGCAUCAACGGCCGGGCUCGGCUAUCAUUUCAGUCGAUAUAUGGGACGCUCAACGCGAGGCUUACGGCAAGGAAAUCACCGCCGCUCAAGUUCACAUACACAAAGCACCGGGAUCCACUUUCAAGAUCACCUGGCUUACUUGCUCAUUGUGGCCAGAAUAUCGACUCGGUGGCUUACAUAUGUAA